GAGCCCCCAUACUCUUCACAAAACGGAAGUGUCAAAACCAGAGACCUCAAACACCUGUUAUCUUAUUUCAAUUUUGGCUUUGAGGUGCAUAGGCCAAGUCCAUCAAUUUUGAAUUUUCAAAAUUGUUUAGCAUCAUUAAAUGGCAGCAAUGUUGAAAAACAGUAGCAGUCCUUGGCCAAACACAACACACAGUGUUUCAUCAAGUCUCAAUGCCACUGAAGGGUUGGAGAGAAAUUAUCUAAGCUUCAGCCCACCAUAUGACUACUAUGAUUAUUACAAAUAUGGCCCUGGUCACGAAAAACCAUGUGAUUACCAAACCCAAGCAAGCCAUUUUCUCCCAGUACUGUACUCCCUGUUCUUUGUGGUGGGCUUCCUGGGCAACAUGCUAGUGCUGUGGGUGAUCCUGAGAGGUGCUCAGAUGAAAAGCAUGACUGACGUGUCUCUCCUAAACCUGGCCAUCGCUGACCUCCUACUGAUCUUCUCUCUCCCCUUCCUGGCUCACUAUGCCCGAGGUACCUGGGUUUUUGGUAGUGUCAUGUGCACUCUGGUCCUCAGUGUGUACCACAUCGGCUUUUAUGCUGGCAUUUUCUUUAUUGUGCUGAUGAGCAUCGACAGAUACUUGGCAAUCGUCCAUGCUGUGUUUGCCUUAAGAAUCCGAACAAAGACUUAUGGGAUUUUAGCUAGCAUGGCCAUCUGGAUUACAGCUACUGCAGCAUCAUUUCCUGAGUUACUAUAUCUUGGACUCAAAGAGAAUGACACUGAAGUUAGAUGCAGUUCUUAUCCAAAUGAUGCAAUUAACAAUGAUGUGAGAAGUGCAGCGUUCAUUAAAAUGAAUGUUUUAGGCCUGCUGAUUCCUCUGAGUAUCGUGGGAUUUUGUUACUCGAUGGUGCUCCGGAGGCUUCUGAUGCUUCGUACAUCCAAGAGACUGGCCAUUCGUCUUGUUGUUGUGGUGAUGGUGGUCUUCUUCUGCUGUUGGAUACCAUACAACAUUGCAGCAUUCCUCAAAGCACUGGAACUGCGGGGAAUCCUGCCUUCAGAUUGUAACUUAAGCAGAAAGAUCCAGCUGAUGCUGCAAACCACUGAAGCCGUGGCAUACUCACACAGCUGCCUCAAUCCAUUCCUCUAUGUGUUUGUGGGUGAAAAGUUCAAGAGGCACCUCGCCAGGCUCCUGCGCAAGACACCGUGCUUCCAAGUACAGUGUAUGAAGCGUUACAUGACCCAGGCCGCGGUCUCUGUGUAUUCACACACCACAAGUCUGGAUGAACGCUCAUUUGGCGUCUGAUUUAAUUUGUGUAUACUGUAUGUAUUUCUACUCCUGAGCAUAUUCAGAGUUGAGUUACGUAUAUGUAGUAAGGAUUUAAUACCAAAAUGGAGCACAUCAUUAUUCAGACAUCAGACAUAAUUCCAGCAGAUUUAAGAGCUAUUCAGAAGUUACUCAAGAGUUAUACAUGUUGGGUGGCAUUUGAGUAAACCACAUGGGUAUCUCAGUUGCGUACAAAUCUGACCCAUGGUUGACAUUGGAGGCGAUGGCGUCUUAACUGGAGACAUUGCUAAUUCUGAGGACUUUUUUUUUUAGAUGAAAUUAUGAACAACACGUAAAGUGAGCUCUAAGUGUAGCAGAUGAAUGCUCCAUCAGCUUAUCACUCAAACUUUAGCCAAACCAUGGCUACAUAAAGCAUUGCAUAUAAAUCAUAUGGUGGUACAAAAAAUACUGGAGGUGGCCUAAAUGCUAGUGAAAAACCCUAUCCCAUCUCUGAUCCACCAAAAAUCUUGCAACCUCAGAGUGUUAAUUACAGUUAGAUCAUUUCAAUAAUCUACACAGAAUUCCAAAUUGAAUACCCUUCUAAAAUGAUUCUGAGGAACUUUCCCUGGGUAAAUAUUCAAAAAUUUUUGGGCUUAAGUUGCCAACUCUGAAUAUGCUUCUUUAAUUUUUUUCUCUCUCAAUGCCUGGGUCACUAAAGGAUAAUUGGGCUGAUGUUGAGGGCAAUACGCUCCCACUGAUGAUUGCAGAAAGUGUCCAGAUUAAAGUUGGGUGCAACCCAGAUAAAAACAACUUAUAUUAAUUAUGUUCAGUACUUAUGAGUUUAAAU